AUGGAGCGUCCCACAAAGCGGGCAAGAGUCUCCUCAGACCCAAAUGAAGCAGAGACAGAUGCAAAUCGGCCCUGCGUGGCCACCACACCUUUAGUAUCCCUACGCAGGUCCAUCACCCCACCACCGCGACCUCGUUCGCAGUUGUCUCGCGAUUCCGCCUCAGUGUGUCCCGAGCAGUCCAAUGAUUCAUUGCUGGAGAAAAGACAAGAAGAUGCACCCAUUGCGCCUGAAUCCUCGCGCAGCAAACCCCAAUUGAUCCCUUCUCCGAUCCAACUCACGCAUAUCCGUGACUUUCCUGCUCACAAGGGCUACAAUGUUGACACGGUGCGACUGCGCGAUAUCCUCGGGGACCCGAUGGUUCGCGAGUGCUGGCAGUUUAAUUACCUUUUUGAUGUGGAUUUCCUCAUGGCCCAGUUCGAUGAAGAUGUGAGGAGCAUCGUGCAGGUGAAAGUUGUGCAUGGGUCGUGGGAGAAGGAGUCGGCGAAUCGCCUUCGAAUAGAUGAAGCGUGUGCACGGCAUCCAAAUGUUGAAUCCAUCGUGGCAUAUAUGCCCGAGCGCUUCGGGACGCAUCAUGCGAAAAUGAUGAUACUUCUUCGGCACGAUGACCUGGCCCAGGUUGUGAUCCACACCGCCAACAUGAUUUACGGAGAUUGGGCCAAUAUGACCCAAGCUGUCUGGCGAUCUCCGCUACUUCCUCUACAGAAUCCCGGCACGCACUCGACAUCCCAGCCGCAUUCAGCCAUUGGCUCCGGUGCUCGGUUCAAGAGAGACCUCCUUGCGUACUUGAAAGCAUACGGAGCUAGGAAAACCGGCGCGCUGGUCCAGCAACUCAAUAAAUAUGACUUUGGUGCAAUCCGUGCAGCUCUGGUUGCAAGUGUGCCCUCUCGACAGCGGGUUAGCGAGCUCGACUCAGAUAAGUCCACGCUAUGGGGCUGGCCUGCUCUGAAAGAUGUGAUGAGCCGUGUGCCAGUACGGCAACAAACGAAGGCAACCCAGAGUAAUGCUUCAGGCAAAUCUCACAUAGUCACACAGAUAUCCUCGAUAGCAUCCCUGGGCCAGACCGACAAAUGGCUCAAGGAAAUCUUUUUCAAAGCCCUAGCGCCCACACCAUCGAAUGCCCCUCCGCAAUUCUCAAUAAUAUUCCCGACGUCAGACGAAAUCCGCCGCUCCUUGGAGGGCUAUGCCUCCGGGGGAUCCAUCCACAUGAAAACCCAGAGUGCCCCACAACAAAAACAGCUGCAGUACAUGCUGCCGCACCUCUGCAAGUGGGCAGGCGACAGCGCGUCUGAUUCCAGUUGUAUCGAUUUAACCGAAGACACGCCACCCAAACGCGAGGCAGGCCGUGGCCGUGCGGCGCCGCAUAUCAAGACGUAUAUCCGGUACUCGGACGCGGCUACCAUGGACUCGAUCGAUUGGGCGAUGACGACGUCUGCGAACCUAUCGACGCAGGCAUGGGGCGCCGCGCCGAAUCCUGGGGGCGAGGUGAGGAUCUCGAGCUGGGAGAUUGGCGUGGUUGUCUGGCCGGAGCUGUUCAUCAUCGACGACUUUUCCUCCUCGCGGAACAGCCCAGAGGGUAGAGUCUCUGGGCCUCAGGCUGCAAUCAUGGUACCUUGCUUUCAGAACGAUCAGCCUCGACUCAUAGCGGAGGAUGAUGCAGUGUCCGCCGUGGUCGGGUUCCGGAUGCCAUAUGACCUGCCGCUGACUCCGUACAGUGGCUCCGAUGAGCCGUGGUGUGCCACCGCCGCGCACCAUCUUCCCGACUGGCGAGGACAGAGCUGGAUUGUGUGA